AUGUUUUAUUUUAAAAAACAAAAUACACUACAAGAUGCAGCAAUCCAAUAUGCUAAAGCGGACCGAUGGAAACCACCGAUUGAUCUUGCAUCGGAAAUAUUUCCACAUGGUUCAUUUCAAGCAAAGUCAUUCGGCCCAUGUUGUCCUCAAUCAGAUGCUGGAGUCUUUAUACCUAUGCAAGAUGAACAAUGUCUCUAUCUCAACAUUUAUACACCAUUGAAUACAACAAAUCAAUCUUUAUUACCGGUUCUUGUUUGGAUUCAUGGAGGUGGUCUUCAAGUUGGCUGUUCAUCUCAAAGUAUUCCUGUCUUAUACAAUGGCACAAAUAUAAUUGCUAAUUCGCCUCCACAACAACCAGUCAUUGUCGUAACAAUUAACUAUCGAUUAAGCGUAUUAGGCGAUAUGUACUUGACAGAAUUGACCCAAGAAAAUCCGACAAUAUGGCCGACAGCUGGCAACUAUUAUUAUCUGGACAUGCUAUCAGCAUUACGUUGGAUCAAUAUGAAUGUUCGUGAUUAUGGUGGCAAUCCUAACAAUAUUUUACUAUUCGGAGAGAGUUCUGGAGCCAAUGCUGUUAUUGACAUUGGUGCAUUAAAAGGGUCAUCGAAUCUCUAUCAACAUGUUAUAUCACAAUCAGGUGGAGCUGGAUAUCAUAUCUAUUAUUCAAAUAUAAGCGAUGCUAUGAAAGAAUCUAACAAGAUUGUUGAACAAAUGAAUUGUACAAAUGACAAAAGUCAAGCUGACUUGACAUGUUUGCGUAAUUCUUCGAUUCCCGCUUUAAUUACUGCUUAUGGUAUUCGUCAAACAAAAGUAAUUAUUGAUGGGUACUUUUUACCAUUUUAUCCACCGUUAGCAAUUAACAAGGGAACAUACAAUCAAGAUAUAAGUAUGAUGAUAGGUCGUAAUGAAUAUGAAUCUCCAAUGUGUUUUUCCAAUCCUGAUAUGGAUUCUACUACUGCUAUAGCACUCGUCACUCAGGGUGUGGGACAAAAAUGGGCGCAUGUAUUUGUUAAUGAUUUUCAAUUGAAGAACUGCUCGGCAAAUAGAAACGCUACAAAUCGUUGCUGUGAUAUAGCCCGUUUAUUCUUCACGGAUUUAGUUCUUGAUUGUAGCGCUCGUCGUAUAUACGAUAAUUUAUAUCUGAAAUAUGAAGAACAAAAGCAGCAAAAAUUAUUUUGGUAUCAUUUCGAUUGUAAUCCUGGAAUAUGUCCACCGAAGUCAAUAGAAGACGGUAGUGGCCUAUGCCUCCAUGCAGCAGAAAUUCCAUUUGUAUUUGGAACCAUGAGCGAUAUGUAUUCGAGGAAUUUACAUAACUGUACAUGGGACAAUGAAACAAAGACAUUUUCUAAUCAAGUAAUCUCACAUUGGAUCAAUAUGGCUACAGUAGGAGAACCAUUAAAAGAAUGGCCAAAUUAUAAUCCAUCAUCACCAAAAUAUUUUCAGAUUACACCUUAUCAUGACUUUGCACCUUUGUCAUCGAUUAGAGAUUGUUCACUAAUUGAUCAAUUUGAACAGGAGAGAAUCAUGCUCAUCGCUGACUAUAGCCGUCAUUGUUUUUAA